AUGCUCAGUCCUAAGAUCAAUUUAAAAUCGUCAAUUAGGUUAUUUGGUAGAACUAUGUCCCAAAAUAAAGAAGCUGGAAGCCGUAUUGCAUCGGGUAACGACAAUAAAACGAAAAAGGAAUCAGCCAAAAACGCUAAGUUGCAAGUCUCCUUAAAGACGCCUAAGGGCACCAAGGACUGGGCUGACAAAGAUAUGGUGAUCAGGGAUGCUAUGUUCAGCAAGCUUUCGAACAUUUUUAAGAGACAUGGCGGUGUGACUAUUGAUACACCGGUGUUUGAGUUGAAGGAAAUUCUUGCCGGUAAGUAUGGCGAGGAUUCUAAGUUGAUCUACGAUUUGCAAGAUCAGGGUGGUGAACUGUGUUCUUUGCGUUAUGAUCUAACUGUUCCAUUUGCUAGAUAUGUUGCAAUGAAUAAUAUCCAAAACAUUAAAAGAUAUCACAUCGCCAAGGUUUAUAGAAGAGACCAACCUGCCAUGACCAAAGGACGUAUGAGAGAGUUCUAUCAAUGUGAUUUUGAUGUAGCAGGUACAUAUGAAAGUAUGGUGCCAGAUGCGGAGUGUCUGUCAAUACUAGUUGAAGGGCUAACCAGUUUAGGUAUUAAAGACUUCAAGAUCAAAUUGAAUCAUAGAAAAAUCUUGGAUGGUAUUUUCCAGAUAUCUGGCGUGACGAAUGAUGAUGUAAGAAAAAUAUCUUCAGCUGUGGACAAAUUAGACAAGUCACCUUGGGAAGUUGUAAGAAAGGAAAUCACUGUUGAGAAAGGGCAAUCAGAAGAGACCGCUGAUAAGAUUGGUGAUUAUGUUAAAUUGCAUGGUUCUUUGAGCGAAGUCUAUCAAAUUCUAUCGAAGGACGAAGGUAUUCAAGCUAACGAAAAGGCUAAAGAGGGUUUAGCAGAUAUUGAAACCCUGAUGAAGUAUACUGAAGCUUUUGAUAUUACUAACUAUAUCUCAUUUGACUUAUCUUUGGCCAGAGGUUUAGAUUAUUAUACGGGUCUCAUCUAUGAAGCUGUCACUUCUGCUUCAGCCCCCCCAACCAAUGCUCAAGAAUUGAAGGCAAAGGCGAAGAAUUCUGAAGAUGCAUCUGAUUAUGUUGGCGUUGGUUCUAUUGCUGCGGGUGGCCGCUACGACAAUUUGGUUAACAUGUUUAGUGAAGCAUCCGGUAAGAAGUCUGCCUCAAUUCCGUGUGUUGGUGUAUCUUUUGGUGUUGAAAGGAUUUUCUCUUUGAUAAAACAAAGGGCCACGGAAGUUUCUGUUGUGAGGCCAAAAGCCACUCAAGUGUUUGUGAUGGCUUUCGGUGGUGGCAAAGAUUGGACCGGCUAUCUACCUGAAAGAAUGAAGGUAGCCAAGGAAUUAUGGAACGCAGGCAUCGAAACAGAGUAUGUUUACAAAUCUAAGGUUAAUCCAAGGAGACAAUUCGAGGCCGCCGAAAAGUCUGGUUGUCCACUUGCAGUUAUUCUGGGUAAGGAGGAGUAUUUGGAAGGCAAGUUACGUGUGAAGAAGUUGGGACCAAAGUUCGCUGAUGAUGAAGGUGAAUUAGUGGAUGUGACCCAGCUUCUUACCAAGAUUAGGGAAAAGUUGGCGGAAACCCAUAUAGACGGCAUUGAUGAAAUUGCUCGUUUACUUCAAAGUGUUUGA